AUGAUCUCAAGUAUACCUUUAUCAAAUAAUACUGUGCGUAGUCGAAUUCAGGACUUAUCACACGAGGUUAAAGACACCAUAAUUUCUCGUAUCGGUCAAACAAAAUUUUUGUUACAACUUGACGAAUCUACGGACGUCGCCGGAUUAGCUGUGAUGAUGACAUUUGUACGGUACGAAUUUUCUGGUAUUUUUCAUGAAGAUAUUUUGUUCUGCAAACCACUUACAUCCUCAACAAGCGGAAGUGAAAUUUUUUCUAUGCUUGAUGCCUUUUUCAUUGAAAACUCAAUACUAUGGAACAAUUGCAUUGACGUGUGCACAGAUGGCGCAAAGGCCAUGGUAGGUAAUGUUGCUGGCGUUGUUGCAAGGAUCAAAAAAGUUUCACCAAAUUGCACGAGUAGUCAUUGUGUAUUACAUCGACAUUCCCUCGCGACGAAAAAAAUGCCAGUGUUAUUAAAGCAAGUGCUUGACAACGCCGUUAAAAUUAUUAACCAUGUUAAGACACGACCUUUGCAGUGUAGACUGCUCAAAAUACUAUGUGAAGAUAUGGGAGCUUUAUUCAAGUCAUUGUUAUUACACACAGAAGUACGGUGGUUGUCGCGAGGUAAAGCAUUGUCCCGCUUACUUGAACUUCGAACGGAAGUUUUUUCAAUUUUGAAAGACAAUAAUAGUUUGCUAGCAGAUUAUUUGAAUGACCAGGAAUGGUUGUGCAAAUUAUGUUACUUGGUAGAUAUUUUUUCAAAAAUGAAUGAAUUUAGCACAUCUAUCCAAGGAAAACAAAAGACAAUAUUUGAUGCUAAUGAUAAAAUUUUUGCUAAUAAUUUACUUCAAAAUUUGAAUUCAUACUUUCCAAAGGAUGUUCAAGAAUCGAUUCGAAAAAACUAUGAGUGGAUUCUAAAUCCAUUUUCAGUGACGUCAAAAUCAGCAGCUCUCAAUGCAGCAGAAUACGAGGUUCUUAUUGAUAUAGUUUCGGAUAGUUACUAUCAGACAUCAUUUAAAAGCAAACCAAUAUCUGAAUUUUGGGCUCAGUUAGGGAAAGAUCAUUCAAUAUUAAGUUCAAAAGCUAAACUGCUUUUACUGCCUUUUGGUACUACGUAUCUUUGUGAAACCGCUUUUUCGAGGUAUACAGCUACAAAAACCAAAUAUCGAUCACGUUUGGAUGCAGAAAACGAUAUGCGUCCUCAACUGACUUCUGUGAUACCGGACAUCGACAAACUUAGUAGUAAAAAGCAGGCCCAUUGUUCACAUUAAGACUCACACAAUAAGACGU